AUGGAGCUUGACGGCGUCGCUACCGAGCCUUGCCCCAUGCAUGGGUUCAUGCGCAUGACCAAGCUGCUGCUGAUGAGAGGAGGAAGCAAGAUCAGGUCGGGCAGGGUAGGGUCCGCCCGAGUGCUUGAUGGCCGUCUACUGUUACGUCGCUUAAAGUUAAAGUCAAACAUUUAUGAUUAUGUUAGAUCGCAAUCAGCCUUCACGGAAGAUGAAAAGUCGCCAAUGGCCACGUCAGAUUGGCAAUUGUCAGUCGAUAUGUCCGAUAAAAGGCCGUGGACAGCUGAGCGUGGCGUGUGGCUCGAGCUCAGUUUCUUCGGAAGGAUCUGGUGUACGACGCUGUUUUGCCUUGCUCCUCCAUCAGCUUUCGAUGUGCCAGUCGACAAAAGCACAUCAACAAACAUGAAACUCCUCUCGUUCUCGUUCGCAUUGCUGAUCCUGGCCGCGACAGCAUUGGCCGGCAAUGUGCUCGACCUGACCGCCACCAAGGAUUUCGACAAGCACAUCGGCAAGUCGCAGGGCGUGCUCGUCAAGUACUUUGCGCCAUGGUGUGGCCACUGUAAGAGUCUGGCACCCACUUAUGAAAAGGUUGCUGAUGCAUUCGCCCAGCAAAAGGAUACGGUGCUGAUCGCCAAGGUGGACGCAGACAAGAACAAGGAUCUCGGCGUGAAAGCCGGCAUCAAGGGCUUCCCAACGCUCAAAUGGUACCCCGCAGGAUCGACCGAGCCCGAAGAGUUCAACUCAGGACGCGACCUCGACAGCAUCGCCAAGCUCGUCACUGAGAAGAGCGGCAAGAAGAGCACCAUCAAGCCACCUCCUCCUCCCUCUGCCGAACAGCUUACCAGCCGCAACUUCGACCAGAUCGUGCUCGACGAGGACAAGGACGUGCUUGUCGAGUUCUACGCCCCCUGGUGCGGUCACUGCAAGAACCUCAACCCUACGUACCAGCAGGUGGCUGCCGACUUUUCUGGUGACGAUGAUUGCGUCGUUGCACAGAUGGACGCCGACGCCGACGCCAACAAGCCCAUCGCCCAGCGUUACGGCGUUUCGUCGUACCCAACACUCAUGUUCUUCCCCAAGGGCGACAAGAGCAACCUUCAGCCGUACAACGGCGGCCGAAGCGAGGAAGAAUUCAUCAAGUUCCUCAACGAAAAGUGUCAGACGUGGCGCACCAAGGGCGGCGUCCUCUCUGAGCUGGCCGGCCGAAUGCCCACGCUGGACGGCUUUGCUGCUCGAUGGUACACCUCGCCCGCCGACAAGCGCGACUCGAUCUACAACGAGUUCAUCGACUACGUCAAGACGAUGAAGACCAGUCCCAAGAGCGACAAGAAGAAGAACGACGUGGGCGACCUCUACCUUCGCGUGCUCGAAAAGGCCAACCAGAGCGCCGGCUACAUCGAGAAGGAGACGAAGCGUCUCAGCACCAUCCUCAAGAAGCAUGCGGAGGGCACCAGCCAGCUCGCAGCCAAGAAGGUUGAUGAGCUGACCAAGAAGAAGAACGUGCUGCUCGCAUUUGUCAACGAGCGCAUCGCUGCUCAGGCCGAGAAGCAGAAGAAGGAGGCCGAGAAACGAGCAGCUGAAGCAAAGGACGAACUCUAA